GGUGACGUUAUGACGAUGGAGAAUGGACAGGGCACAGGCUCUAAGCUUGGCCUGCCGCCACUCACCCCGGAGCAGCAGGAGGCGCUGCAGCGGGCAAAGAAGUAUGCCAUGGAGCAAAGCAUUAAGAGUGUCUUGGUGAAACAGACCAUUGCCCAUCAACAACAGCAGCUCACUAAUCUACAGAUGGCAGCAGUGACUAUGGGCUUUGGAGAUCCUCUCUCACCUUUACAAUCGGUGGCGGCUCAGCGGCAGCGCGCUCUCGCCAUCAUGUGCCGAGUGUACGUGGGCUCCAUUUACUAUGAGCUCGGAGAGGACACCAUCAGACAGGCCUUUGCGCCCUUUGGACCCAUCAAGAGCAUUGACAUGUCUUGGGACUCGGUCACCAUGAAGCACAAGGGCUUUGCCUUUGUGGAGUACGACGUGCCAGAGGCUGCCCAGCUGGCUCUGGAGCAGAUGAAUUCCGUCAUGUUGGGUGGGCGAAACAUUAAGGUUGGGCGCCCAAGUAACAUCGGUCAGGCGCAACCCAUCAUUGACCAGCUGGCAGAGGAAGCGCGCGCGUUUAACCGCAUCUACGUGGCGUCGGUGCACCCCGACCUGUCGGACGACGACAUCAAAAGUGUCUUUGAGGCUUUCGGGAGGAUCAAAUCUUGCAUGUUAGCCCGAGAUCCCACCUCGGGACGCCACAGGGGCUUCGGCUUCAUCGAGUACGAAAAGCCGCAGUCGGCUGUGGACGCCGUGUCGUCGAUGAACCUCUUCGACCUGGGAGGGCAGUACUUACGGGUGGGCAAGGCCGUCACCCCGCCCAUGCCUCUGCUGACGCCCACCACACCCGGUGGCCUACCGCCGGCGGCGGCCGUCGCGGCCGCAGCAGCCACUGCAAAAAUCACAGCGCAGGAGGCCGUAGCCGGCGCGUCAGUCUUGGGAGCCCUAGCCGCGCCCCAGCUUCUCAGUCAGCAGAUGGGAAUCCCGCAGGCCGUGAUGGCCGCGCAAGCCCCAGGCGUCAUCACGGGGGUGACACCGGUCCGACCCCCCAUCCCUGUGCUCCCCCAAGUGGGCCUAGUGAACCCGGUGCUGGCCUCGCCGCCCGUCCUCCAGCUGCAGGAAAUAAAGGAGGAGAAAGAGGAGAGCCUCCAGGAUGGCACGGGGCAGGAGAUGCUUAGCGACCAGGAGCACAUGAGCAUUUCGGGCAGCAGCGCAAGGCACAUGGUCAUGCAGAAGCUGCUUAGAAAGUCAGAGUCGACAGUAAUGGUCUUGCGCAACAUGGUGGGCCCGGAGGACAUAGACGACGACCUUGAAGGCGAAGUGACGGAAGAGUGCGGCAAAUUCGGCUCGGUCAACCGCGUCAUCAUCUACCAGGAGAAGCAAGGCGAGGAGGAGGACGCCGACAUCAUCGUCAAAAUCUUCGUGGAGUUCUCCAUGGCGUCGGAGAUGAACAAAGCCAUCGCCGCGCUCAAUGACCGGUGGUUCGGCGGACGUAAGGUGGUCGCAGAGGUCUACGACCAAGACCGCUUCAACAGCAGCGACUUGUCGGCGUAA